GCGAAACUCGAGGCCACCAUGGCAUUUCUCUCUGCCACUGCGCUGCUUUACGCCACCGCAGCAUUGAUUAUUUAUCAUGUGGUCUCAUCCUAUCUCACCCAUCGUCAACUUCAACGCUUCGCAAAGACCAAUAAUGCGUCUUUCGCUAAGCAUGUUCCCACAAAGCUACCGUUCGGGAUCGACUUUGUUUGGCGCACAGUCUCGACUGUCAGUAAUGGCGGCGACCUUCUGGAUGAUGUCUACGGGCCAUUGUAUGCGGCCAACGGCACGACCUUCUCAAUGCCAAGCAUUGGUAGCACUGCGGAGAUGUUUACCAUCGACCCAGCCAAUAUUCAAGCCAUUCUUGCCACGAAGUUCCAAGAUUUCCCCAUCGGUGAGAAGCGGAACAGCGCGUUCAGGUUGUUGUUGGGAGAUAGCAUUCUUACCACGGACGGAGCCUUUUGGGAACACUCGCGGGCGCUGUUCCGGCCGCAGUUCUCACGAGAACAGAUAAGCGAUCUGGGAAAGACCGAGGCUUCUGUUCAAGCCUUGUUCGAGGCCCUGCCGCUAGUCGGCACCGAACACAACGGCUCGGUCGAAGUCGAUAUCAUGCCGAUCAUUUUCCGCUUUACCCUUGAUACUUCUACCGAUUUCCUGUUCGGCGAGAGCGUUGAUUCGCAGAGGACUGCAGCCGUGGGUGUGACAUCGAUGACGAGCGCAACAGCUGCGAUGGCAGCUGAUCAGGGCAGCAAUGAGAUGACAUUUGCUGAAGCGUUUCACGAGGCACCGCUUUGGAUCUUGACGCGUGUAAGACUUCAGGGAUUGUACUGGCUUGCGCCAAGCAAGAAAGGAAAGAAGGCCGCGGAAUACUUGAGGCGAUAUACAGACCACUACGUGCGGUUGGCUAAAGCGGAGGUAGGGAAGGAUAAGCAUGGCCUGCUAAACACACUCGUAGAACAAACGAGGGACGAAGUCGAACUGCGAGACCAGAUCCUCGCAAUGCUGGUUGCAGGAAGAGAUACCACGGCUACGCUGCUAUCCUGGGUCAUUUUGCUUCUCGCUCAGCAUCCCGAGGCCUUCAGGCGGCUGCGUCAGGAGGUCAUUCGGGACUUCGGCGAGUACACGACAGACCCUUGGAACAUCAACUUCAGCACGCUCAAGGCGUGCAAGUACCUCCAGUUCGUGCUCCGCGAGACGCUCCGAGUCUACGAUUCCGUCCCGAUCAAUGCUCGCGUCGCGGCAAGAGACACGGUGCUUCCACGAGGCGGCGGCGCGGACGGGUCGCUGCCGAUCGUUGUGCAGAAAGGGCAGACGGUCAAUUUUGUGCCUUACCUGCUCCACCGGCGAGAGGACAUGUGGGAUGCUGCCACGGAAUUCCGGCCCGAAAGAUGGGAAGGGGUGAAGUUGGACUGGACCUACAUCCCGUUCAGUGGGGGCCCCAGGAUCUGCCUUGGGCAACAAUUUGCACUUACCGAGGCAGGAUACCUCCUUGCCAGGCUCACACAGAAGUUCGAACGGAUAGACUGGUUGGGGCCACCAGGGAAGCCAAAGAAAGAUGUGCUGUUUACACUGUCGCCAAGGGACGGUGUUCAUAUCAGACUACACUAUGCUCAUUCGUAGAGCCCGAGGUUCUCAUAUCCGUCAAUACUGUCUGCUUGUAUAAAUGGAUCUAUACCCUCAUCAGCAAUCUUAGAGAAUCAGCUUGGGAGUAGUUAUCUCUAUAGAAGGGAACGCAACUUGGCUGGCAAUUUGAGAGUCAUCCCAGCCUGAUCUAUACUAUCAGCUGAUCUGGUCACAAAGUCUCCUAGAAUGAUGACUAGCUGUCCUUACUUUUUCAGACUUAAAUACAAGAGCUUGAGAUAUC